UCUGCUGGAACAGGUGGAUCACUGGCAGAGUUUCCUGGGUCUGGUCAACAUGAUCAUGUUCUGUACGGGCAUCCCUGGACACUACCCUGUCAACGAGACCACCUCCUCGCUCACACUCACCUUCUGGUACACCCUCCAGGACGACAUCAUGUCGUUUGAGGCUGAGCGGCAGCAGGGCUACCUGCAGGUGUACAGGCCUGUGUACUUCCAGCUGGUGGACGUGCUGCUGCACAAGGCUCAGUUCCCCUCCGACCCCGAGUACGCCACCUGGUCGGCCGACGAGAAGGAACAGUUCAGGAUAUACAGGGUGGACAUAUCAGACACACUCAUGUAUGUGUAUGAGAUGUUGGGAGCUGAGCUGCUCAGCAACCUGUAUGAGAAGCUGGGGAGAGUCCUGACCAACACUGAGGAGACGUCCUCCUGGCAGCACACAGAGGCUUUGCUGUAUGGGUUCCAGUCCAUAGCAGAGACCAUUGAUGUGAACUACUCUGAUGUGAUCCCUGGACUGAUCGGCCUCAUCCCCCGCAUCAACAUCACCAACGUGCAGCUGGCCGACACCGUCAUGUUCACCAUAGGUGCUCUGGCAGAGUGGUUGGCUGACCACCCGGUGAUGCUGAGCAGCGUGUUGCCGUUGGUGCUGCAGGCGCUAGGCAACCCUGACCUGUCUGUGUCAUCGGUGUCCACCCUGAAGAAGUUGUGCAGGGAGUGCAAGUACGACCUGUCGCCCUACGCAUCCAACAUCGUAGCUGUCUCCCAGGAAGUGCUGAUCAAGCAAAUCCACAAGACCAGCCAGUGUAUGUGGCUGAUGCAGGCCCUGGGGUUCCUGCUGUCUGCCCUGCCAGUGGAGGACAUCCUCAGCAACCUGCACUCUCUCAUCAGCCCCUACAUCCAGCAGCUGGAGCAGCUGGCAGAGGAGACGCCUAACCCCUCUAACAAGCUGGCCAUCCUCCAUAUCCUGGGUCUGCUGUCCAACCUGUUCACCACGCUGGACAUCAGCAAGCAGGACGACCAAUCAGGAGAGGGCACCACACCCCCCAUCAAAACCACCCCGGCCCCUCCAGGACCCAACCCGGUGGUGGUGGUGUUACAGCAGGUGUUCGCUCUCAUCCAGACCAUCCUCAGCCAGUGGCUCAAUGACUCUCAAGUGGUGGAGGCUGUGUGUGCGAUCUUCGAGCGCUCGGUGAAGACUCUGCUUCAUGACUUUGCCCCCAUGGUGGCUCAGCUGAGCAGCAUGCUGGGGCAGAUGUACAGCACCAUCCCCCAGGCCUCCGCCCUGGACCUCACACGCCAGAUGGUGCACAUCUUUGCCAGUGAGACGGAUCACUUCCCUCCCAUCAAAGCUCUGUUUGAGCUGGUUACCUCGGUAACCCUCUCUAUCUUCCAGCAAGGACCCAGGGAUCAUCCUGAUAUUGUUGAUUCAUUUAUGCAACUCCAAGCUCAGGCUUUGAAGAGGAAGCCAGACCUGUUCCUGUCUGAGAGUCUGGAUGUGAAAGCAGUGUUCCACUGUGGAGUUCUGUCUCUCAAGUUCCCUGAGGCUCCGACUGUAAAGUCUACAUGCCUGUUCUUUACUGAGUUCCUGGCUCGCUGCUCAGAUGUGCCCCCGGUGGCCAGGGUGGUGCAGGUGCAGGGGAAGCUGCUGGUGCAGGCCUUGCUGGAGGGUAUAGGAGGCGGGUCUUCCCGGGGUUUGAUGGACCAGUUUGCGGAGGUGCUGUUCUCCCUGAACAAGCACUGCUUCUCUCUGCUCACCGUGUGGCUGAAGGAGGUACUGCAGGCACCCGGCUUCCCCUCUACACGCCUCACCUGCGAGCAGAAAGACACCUUCACACAGCAGAUACUCAGAGAGCGAGUGAACAAAAGGAGAGUGAAGGACAUAGUGAAGGAGUUCACGCUGGUGUGCAGAGGUCUGCAUGGGACAGAAUACGCAGCCGAGUACUGACCCCUGACCCUGCCAUAACCCCUACAUGCUCACAGCCAAUCAGCCACAGCCUCCAGCACUACUGUUUCCACGAGCGCCAACACUGGAGUUGUCAUUGGACGAUCUGAAACAAGCUAUUUCCUGCUAUUGGCUAGAUAGGAUCAUACCCCUAGCCUCCCAUUGGAGGAGAAGCUGUCAGUUAAAAAACCUGAGGAAGGCUGUGCUUUCUCUCUAUCUCUCUUUCUCUCUCUAUCGCUCUCUCUCUUUCUCUCUCUCUUUCACCGUUGUAGUCUAUUCCCUGUAGUGGAGAGCCUCUUUCCAGGACUGCGACUCCCAGCAUGCUCUCUGUUAAUACCUCUCUCCUGUUCCUGUCUUCCUGUGUGGGUGUUGUACCUGCUUCUGUCUCCACAGCUAGCUGACCCCUCGUUUAUUCUUUCCAAACGGAAACAUAACAGAAAUAUAUAUAUAUAUAUAAACACAUAUGUCUACAUAUAUAUAUCCUAUUGAAGCGUGGGGAGCUAAGAGAGGAGAAGAGAGAGGAGAUGGAGGUUCUGAAGACGCAUAUUCACCUGGCAUCCUCACGGCCCCUCCCCCUUCUCUCCUGGCCCUCCCCCUCCAGGCCCCGCCCCCUGCUCCAGGCCCCGCCCAGUUAUUGUGGAACGUUCUGUGAAUUAGUCUUUUUUUUACGUUUUGAUAUUUGCCUUCGUGGGGAUGAGGGAGUUACUGGUUAACCCACCAAACUAAAGUAGAGCGACACACACACACUCACACACACUAGGUGCCCUAACUGUAAACAGCACCAUCACUGUUAUUGUGCAAACUUACUAAUCAUGUUGUGUGUAUGAACAGUCAUUAUACAGAACUUUUUUGUGCCUGUGCAAAUGCAUGUGUUUGUGUGUGUGUGUGUGCGUGUGUGUUUGAGUGUGUGUGAGUGUGCGUGUGUAUGCAUGUGUGUGUGUUUGAGUGUGUGUGAGUGUGUGUGUCUGUGAGGACAGUUCCCUCUUCAUCCCUUGUUGAGUGCACUAAUGUUGGACCUACUGAAUUGUGCAGUGUCACUUAGUCCAAACCCCCCCUGACUGGGCCCCCCUGACUUGGCCCCCCUAACUCGGCCACCCUGACUCGGGCCCCCCUGACUCGGGCCACCCUGAAAGAGCAGCUCCUCCCCACUGGACAGGAAGCGUAGCAGAAUGUUUCACCUCGGGGGCUGGUAGAAUCUGUCUCCUCUUCAUCACCAUCAUCUCCAUCUACUUUGUUCCCAGGACCUGCAGACAUGUAGCUUGGUGUGUGUGUGUGUGUGUGUGUUUGGGGGGGUUAGUACAUACUGUGAGUGUGUGACACUGCCUGUAUCUGGAGCUGAUGAGCACCUUGUGGCCAGCUGCUGGAGGUGGGGGGGGGGGGGUAAAAAUGUACAUUGUUUCUUUUUUGUACUUGUU